CACCAAGAAGCCAAUGCAUCAAAACAAAAAUCAAAUAAGAGAGGAACAUGACACAUUGGAAAAGAACAAGAAACAAAAAAUGUUGAGAAGCCUUCACCAACACUCUACUCACUGCCCCAUCUUACCUCUACUGAGACUCUCUUCUCUCCUCUUUCUCUUCUCUCUCCUCACUAACCAUGGCCACCUUGUCAAAGCUCACAUCUUCAUGUAUGCAGGCUGUUCUCGAGAAAAAUACCAACUCAAUUCACCCUUUGAAACCAACCUCAACUCUUUACUAUCUUCAGUUAUUAGCUAUUCAUCUCAGGCCUUAUAUAACAGCUUUGCUCCUGGAAAUGAUAGUUCUACAUCCCCGCAAAGCGCGGUUUUUGGUUUAUAUCAGUGUAGAGGUGAUCUAAAGGCAAUUGACUGUUCCAGAUGCAUUUCAAGUGCUGUUAGCCAAAUUGGGUUGGUGUGUCCUUACACAUAUGGGGCUAGUCUGCAAUUAGAUGGUUGUUUUGUGAGAUUUGAGCACACAGAUUUUCUGGGAAAACUGGACACAAGUCUUAGAUACAGAAAGUGCAGUAGAAGUGUGAGUAAUGAUGUGGAGUUUUUUCGGCGAAGAGACGAUGUUCUCGCUGAUUUGCAGGGUGCAAUAGGGUUUAGGGUUAGUUCUUCAGGUUUGAUUGAAGGUGUUGCACAGUGUUUGGGGGAUUUGAGUGCAGUGGAUUGCUCUUCUUGUCUUUCUGAGGCUCUUGUGAAGUUGAAGAGUUUGUGUGGAUCUGCUGAGGCAUCGGACGUGUUCUUGGCGCACUGUUAUGCUCGGUACUGGGCAUCUGGCUACUAUGAUGCUUCUUCUGGCCAAGAUCCGAACUUGACGUCCCAUGAAAUCUAUGUUCAUCUUUGUUCAAGGCAGGACACAUUUGACCCCAAUGUUAUAGUGGCUCUAGCUAAUGUUGCCAGUGGUCUAAGACUAUCGAAUGAGGACUACCUACAAGGGCACCAACAACAACCCAGCCCGAAGGAUAAAGUCUAA